AUGAAAUGGUCAGAAACUUGUAAAACUGGAAAAAUUUGUCCAGCUGGAAUGAUAUUAACAAAUAAUGAAGGUCAAGUGACAGUAGAAUUUAGAAGAACACAUGUAGGCCAUGCAUUAAACAUGAAAUUUUUAUAUCUGUCAAAAGAAGAAAGGGAUGAACUGGCUGGUAGAAUUAAAUCUGGAGUGACUUUUGAACGUAUUUUGGAUGAUAUUCGAAAAUCAGCAUCUACAGCAGAAAGUGUUGAUCGUUUCCAUGCUGUCGACAAACGAGACUUGCAUAAUAUUGUAAGAGAUUAUGAUUUAGACAGAGAUAUUGUACAUACAAAUGAUGCUUUUAGCACAGAAAUAUGGGUGCAAGAACAGAUGUUACUUAAGGAGAAAUCACCAAUAAUAUAUUUUAAAAACCAGGGAUGUGAAAAAGAAGGUCCACUACUGAAAGAAGAUUUUAUGAUUGUAAUUAUGACACUUUAUCAAAAAGAUGUUUUGGUAAAAUACGCGACCGAUCGAAUUUGCAUUGACAGCACCCAUGGAACAACCAGUCAUGACUUUCAGCUUACAACAUUGCUUACUGUUGAUGAAUUUGGAGCAGGUUGUCCAGUAGCAUUUUGUAUAAGUAAUAGAAUUGAUUCGGUGGCUAUGUCAAGAUUUUUUUUGUCUGUAAAAGAAAAAGUAGGUUUAAUUUCAACAAAAGUAUUAAUGUCUGAUGAUACUUCAACAUACAUAAACGCUUGGUCAAAUGUAAUGAUAGAACCACAACAUCAUUUGCUUUGUAACUGGCACGUAGAUAGAAGUUGGAGAAAAAAUCUCAAUAAGAUUAAAUCCCUUACUAAACAGUCAGAAGUAUACAAAGCUUGCCGUACAUUAAUGGAAAUUAUGGAUGUAGACCAGUUCCAAAAUUCUAUAGAAUGCUUUAUCGCAAUGCUUAAAGACGACGACGAAACAAAAGAUUUUGGUAAUUAUUUUGAAAGUUAUUACUCUCAUAGACCCAAAGCAUGGGCAUUCUGUUAUAGACAUGAUUUAUCUUUGAACACAAAUAUGUAUCUGGAAGCGAUGCACAAGAAAAUAAAAUAUUGUUACAUGCAAGGCAAACAAAAUAGAAGAGUCGACAAAUGUAUUAGUUUGCUGAUGCGCUUCGCUAGGGAUAUGAUGUUUGAAAGGACAAUACGAAUGAUGAAAAAUAAACCUACAUAUCGGAUGGAACAAAUUGCACACAGAUGUCCUUUGGCAUGUCCUAAUUGUCAUGUGUGUGUCCAUCAAUUUACAUGCACAUGUAUUGAUUACAAAAUCAAAGGAAACUUUUGUAAACAUGUACAUGCAUGCAUUCGAGUGUCCAAUAAAAAAUUUGAAAUUUCUAUUGACGAAGACCGAGAAACAUCAGCCUUUGAUGAGCAUAAUCGUAAUGUUGUUGAAGGAGUUCAAAUAAAUUCGGUACAUCCAAAUGAAUCUGUUUCAAUAUCAACUCGCUUUACAGCUCUACUUAAUGCAGCAGUAGGAGUGGCGAAUACUGCAACAGAUGAAGCCAAACUAAAAGGCAUUAAAAAACUUGGAGACCUCGUGCAAAUUUUACAACAGGGUCAAACAAAUCCAAUCAAUUCCGGUUCAUUUUUCCCAAAAGUAUCCAACUUGCCAAGCCACAAAAAUAUUGCGACACAACGUUUUCAUUCUACGAAAAAAAAACAUAAAGCAUCAACUAACAAAUUGACAAAACCAACAGAGGUACAAAAAUCCUCAAUUCUGGAAACGAUUAAUAGUGAAGAGCGAUCGAGCCAAACAAUACAUACUGACUUUGAUCAUGUGUAUUAUGAUGCCUCUUCAAAACCACAAUAA